AUUAAAAAAAAAAUCACUUAAAAAUCAAGACAAAAUUGAAGAAUAACUUCGUCAAUGGAAAAUUCUCUUCCAACGUUUUCCAAUGAAAUACGAGACAAUAAUUGGUACGAGACAAGUAAAUAAUGAGCUGCAACGGUUAAAAGACAAUAAUGAGGGACUCGAGAGGGGGAUAAUAGCGUGGACUGAUCGACACUGGCACAGCUAGUACGCAUUGAGAUUCGUAGUUGGAAUGUACUGGCUCAAAGUGUACAUCUUCAACGUCAAAUAAAUAAGUUGGUGUUUUUUUCCGAGUGUAACUUGAUUAUUGUCAAGAAUUUUUCUGUCGAAUCGAAUGGCUGUGAGUGUCUGAGAUCGUGGAUGGACAGUUUUUCAUUGAAAUUCAUCAUGAUACCCAGGGGCUUCACUCACCACCUGCGCCUCUUGGCAAUGAUUCUUGUCUUCAGUGGAUGUGAAACCGAUGCUGUCGACAGGGGAUAUAUCUUCACAGCGCCGAAGAAAUUUCUCGCUGGGGAGACUGAGAGCGGCUGUUUAUCACUCCACAACUUGGAACCACCGGCUCACGUGCUAUUAGAGCUGUUAUCGCCGGCAUCCGCCAAUGAUGAAGAGGUUUUGGCCUCUACCAGCACGCUUCUCGAUUCUGGUGUCGAGACAUGUUUGGAAUUGGCUGUACCAGAUCGUGUGCAGAUGACAUACACGAUGGCAAGGUUGAGACUGAAGAUCAGAUUCGAUAAGUAUCCAGAGUAUCACGUCAAUACCGAAAAGGAAGUUUAUAUUGAGUAUGACUCGGUCAUAAUGUUUGCUGAAACGGAUAAGCCGGUUUACAAGCCCGGACAGGAUGUGAAUAUUCGUCUUCUUGCUUUAACGCAUGAUUUGAAGCCUUGGAAGCGUCAGAUUCCAAAAGUGUGGAUCGAAAAUCCUUCUGAAGUGCGAGUUGCCCAAUGGACGAACCUCAGCACAGACCGCGGAAUAGUUCAGCUGCUGUUUCCUCUCUCCCCGGAGCCGAGUCCGGGUACAUGGAGAAUCAAAGUAGAGAAAAAAAAAUCUCACCCCCAGCUGACCCACACCUCGACCUUCGAGGUCCGCAAGUACGUUCUCCCCCGUUUCCAAGUCACCAUAAAGGGCCCAAGUUAUAUAUUGGCAGACGCUGACAACGCAACGUGGAAUAUCUGCGCCCGAUACAGUUACGGUGAGCCAGUUCGCGGAACUCUUCGGCUCAAAUCCAGUCCACAAACUCCAAGCUGGCGUAGAAAGCACAACUUUCCAGCGAUUAAUUAUGAAACUAGAAUCGAAUCGCCAGAUGGAUGUGCCGAGCCCUUUACCAUUACAAGCUCUGGCAUGGGCCUUCCCCAUUGGGAGGUGGCCCCCAACAGCAUCGUUCUAACAGCAAAUCUCACAGAAGAUGGCACAGAAGUCGUGGAGACAGCAACAAGUCGUACAGUUGUCGUUCAUCAAGCUCUGAAGCUCGAAUUCCUCCCCCACACCCCCAAGUACUUCAAGCUGGGACUUCCAUAUCACGGGAAAUUGAGAGUCCUCAAGCAAGACGAGACCCCAGCACCUGGUGAAAAAAUUCAACUCUGUCUCAGAGUUCGAGGAAAGGAUGAGUGGGUGAGGGUAGUCGUCGAGUGUCGAAAUUUCACGUCAUCACCCCUUGGCUUUGUCAAUUUCAUCGUACCCCCUCAGCACAAAAAUAUCGUUCUCCUGAGUUUCGUUGCCACUGGAAUUGAAUACUCGACAAAAUACUACUCUCCCGACAAACGCUGGAGGGUUUUCAUGGAUCAACCAUCGGCAUACAUCGACGUUGGUGCCUGGUACUCACCAUCUGACAGUUAUCUAGCUGUUGCACGUGGCGAUCAGCCGAUCGUAUGCGGGGAAAAAUAUCCUUUCAAUGUCAUGUACACAAUGCCCGGUGAGACGAACGGAGCUCGUAAUGACUCAGUUGCUUUCCACUACUCAAUCAAUUCCAAAGGAGAUCUUCUGAUUUUCGGCCACGUUCGACAUAAACCUCAUCGAGAUUCAGUUCUGAACUAUGCGGACUUCAAAAAUGUUCUUGGAGCUGUGGAAACCAGCACGACGCCAGCCUCCAGCAAUUAUCAUCACUCACAUCAUUCCAAUGCAACUAGGAAUGAACCCAUGACUUAUACUGUUCACCGGUUUCCCUUAAGUGUCAAGGUCACUCCAAGCAUGGCACCCAUCUCUGAAUUGCUUCUGUACUAUGUGAGACCUGAUGGAGAAACUGUGGCUACGACCUAUACUAUUGAAGUUGGUCACUGCUUUGAGAAUCGAGUCAAAACCCAUUGGCAAGAGGACACGAAGUCGCCUGGGGAAGUGGCACGGUAUCAUGUGGAAGCUGCACCGUGGUCUCUCUGUGGAAUUUCCGUUGUUGAUCAAUCAACGAGUUAUUUAUCGGAUAUUAAGAAGAGCCUCGUCGAUGCCGAUGAGGCUUUCGAACAGGCUAAGAGGUUUCACUUAAAUCGUGAUACACCGAUUUUGUAUCAAAGUGUUUGGAGUCACUGUAAAAAAACCAAUCAACCCGAGACAAGUAUCGAGGAGAUAGACCCCCUCCCAUCUCCCGCCGUGGAAGUCCCCCCAGUGUGGGACAUGCGAGCAGCUCCGAAACAACCCUGGAAUCGUCAACUACACCGAGACACUCGUCAAAAGCGCAGUGUCAUUCACAACGGUGGAGUCAACUACGUCGAUGCGAUGCAAGCCUUUGAUGAUUUCGGAGUAAUCGUAAUGAGUGAUUUGAUUCUCGAGUCGCGUCCAUGCCCCCAGAACCAGUGGAUCAGAUCCAGGGAGAACAUUGACUUCGAGAUGAUGCGAACGAGAAUGGAUGAGCCAGACAGAAUGUGGGGAACAGUGCGAAUGAUGCCUCAGGCUUUUCCGCUGUUGAAUUUUGCAGUAGUCGACUCCUCAGCACCAGGUCCGGACCUCGGUUAUGCGGAUCAGUUACCCGAUCACAUUUUGAAAGCCCCAAGAUCGUACUUCCCAGAGACCUGGCUCUGGGACCUUGUGGCAACCGGCAAGGAAGGUCGUGCUGUCGUCAAACGUAAUCUCCCCCACACUAUCACCAACUGGAUCGGUCACACUAUCUGCAUAUCCUCGAAUUAUGGCCUCGGGAUCGCCCAACCGGUCCAGAUAAACGCCUUUCAACCCUUCUUCCUGGACUACAGCAUUCCGUACAGCGUCAAACGAGGAGAACUGCUCCGCAUGAGAGUUUCCCUCUUCAAUUACAUGCAACACAGUUUACCCGUGACAAUCCAACUGGUGAAUGCUCCUGGAUUCGAUCUCCACCUCUCCAACUCGACGGGGAAGUACUGCGUUGAGGCACGAAAAAGCGUUGUGCACGAAUAUGUCCUCCGGCCCCGUGUCAUCGGUGAAAUCAAUGUGACUGUCUCCGCAGCUGUCGAUCCGGACUUUGACAAACCCUGCGGUCCAAACACUGUUGUCUUCACCCAGGAUGCGAUCGUGAAACCGAUUUUAGUUCUGCCUGAGGGAUUUCCCAUUGAAACAACAAAGUCAGCAUUCGUGUGUCCUAAAGACUUCUCUGAUGACUCGAGCAUCUCCUGGAAUCUGGAUCUGCCUGAGGACUUUGUGGCUGACAGUGUGAGAGCCUAUGUGUCUCUUGUUGGUGACCUCCUGGGCCCGGCGUUGGAGAACUUGGAUAAUCUGGUGAGACUGCCAUUCGGCUGUGGAGAACAGAAUCUCAUUCUUUUUGCUCCGAAUAUCCAAGCGAUCGCUUAUCUCGACGCCACGAGAAGGAGCUCGACGAGUCCAGAAUUGAGAAAAAAAGCAAUCAGAAAUAUGGAGAAGGGCUAUCAACGGGAGCUUAAUUACCGCCACCCAGACGGUUCAUACUCAGCAUUCGGACCACUCAGCUCUGAGAGCGGGGGAUCAAUCUGGCUGACAGCAUUUGUUGUGAAAUCAUUUGCCCAAGCGAGGAACUACAUUCACAUAGACGAGAGGGAUUUGAAGUUGUCUGUAAAGUGGAUCAUAAAGAAACAGCUGGAGAACGGCUGCUUUCCCCUGAUCGGUCGAGUCUUCCACAAGGACAUGAAGGGAGGUCUUCAGGAUGAGAAUCAGUCAUUCCCAGCUGCGUUGACCGCCUACGUUUUGGUGUCACUGCUGGAGAGCGGCAAAAGCCUUCCACCCUCGAUCAUCAGCAAUGCGUUGUUCUGCUUGGAGAAGGGAAUGCCUGAUGAGGCUGAUGGCAACCCUUACACUGCAGCAUUGGCGACCUACGCUCUGACACUCCUGGAGCAUCCCAAUGCCAACGCAAGCAUGAAAUCCCUUUUGUCAAGGUCCACGCGUCUCCACGAUCUCAUGUGGUGGGAGGACAAGACUAAACCGUCUAUGGGUUUGAGCAUCGAAAUGACAGCUUAUGCUGUCCUCUCCUUGGUGAAACUCGGGGGUGAAGCGAAUAUGGCGUUGGCUCUGAAGGCUGUCAGGUGGAUGUCAAAGCAGCGAAAUGCGGAGGGUGGAUUCACAUCAACUCAGGACACUGUUCUUGGUCUGGAGGCACUUGCCAAGUAUGCAGCAGCAAUGUCCACCAAUUACACUGACCUCUCUGUGCUUGUAACUGCUGGAGAUGUUGCCAAAGUUGUCAGGGUUCAUGAGGAUAAUCGAAUGGUGCUCGUUCAAGUACGUUUGCCAGUUCUUCCGACGCUGGUGGAGAUCUUCGCUGAAGGGGAAGGAUGUGUCCUGGUUCAGACUAAUUUGAAGUACAACGUCGCCACGGCUACGGGGUCUCAAGCUUUCGAUUUGGUAGUUAAUACCGAACCAGUGGCUUCUGGGGACGAGUGCUCCAUGCAGAAAAUAAGUAUUUGUGCCAGAUAUAAAAUGGCGGACGAGGAGAGUAAUAUGGCACUCCUGGAGAUCGAAAUGAUCAGUGGGUUCAUACCGGAUAAAGGGACUCUUCACGCGCUAUUGGAAGAGCCUUCUACUGGAGUCAAGCGGUUCGAGGAAGAGCGAGAUUCUGUUACUCUGUAUUUUGAUAAAUUAACUGGGGAGAGGACUUGCAUAUCAUUCCUAGUUACUCGAGAAAACAUCGUCGAGAAGGCUGAACCAGCAAUUAUCAAAUUGUACGAUUACUACCGUCAAGAGCUGACUUUUGUAAAGAGCUAUACGUUCGCGAAAACAUGUGAUAUUCGUGAUGUAGAUAUUGAGGGAUUAGAUUCGCAGCCCAACGAUCCAGAAGCAACGCCACAGUUUAGCCUCGGCCUCCCAAUGGAAAAAGAUACAUCUCUUGAACGAUCAGCGAAGAAUCUCCCGCAAGACGCAUUCUUGGCGCAAACAGCGGACGACACGAAUGAGAAAGCAAAACAAACUUCCAACGAAACCAGUCAUCCAUCUCCUCCUCCUCCAGGAGUGAAGAAAUUAAUGACAAUUUUACACGAAGUUUUGCAGAAGAAUACAACGCAAACUUCAAAAUCUUCGACAGUUCAGAGAAUCCCUAUAACAUUCGCCACGUCCACCACAGCCAGAUCAACAGAAUCCAUUGACGAAGUUGAUUUAGUGAGACAUAUCGAGCCUGGAAGUGGUUUAGAGCCUGAUCAAUCAAAUGGCCAGUUCUUCUUCGAUAAUCCGUCAUUCGUAGUGAUCGAUCACGAGUUGAAUACACCAGACGGUAUCGAGGGCCCUCCACCUGUCUACGUGAAACCACCCUCCAAUUUUCAUCUGCACCACGAAGACAGAGGACAUCCCAAGUUUUUCCCACCCCAGAAUGAAACUGAAAAUAAUCGAUCUGGCAAUCUGAACGAGGACUUCAACAAUUCCCCCCUGAAUCAGUCAAUGAUAAGCAGCAGUUGUCCAAUUUGCGGUGAUAAAUUGCCAUCAGACAUUAAAGACAUCUACUGCAAGUCAUCAGCAGCUGUCAAGGUAGCAAUAAGAAGACUCCGGAAGGCGAGAUUAUUAUUAGAUUUGCGCUCUGAACCACAUCCCAAGCGUCUGCGAUUCAUGAUCGAGUUGACUAUGAAUGAAAACUGCACAUGCCCAGCUAUAGACAAGCCUGGAAGUCUCGCUUUGAUAUUUGCAACUGGUAAUGUCACUUCCACAAUCACUGAUUCAGUUAUUUACGAUCAGAAUAGUCUUGGAGGCAUUGGAGAUUACGUUAAGAAGCCACUGGACGGUAUGAUAUCGAUUUACACACUUCCCAAUGCCGGAUAUUCAUCGUCACAAAUUAUUGAAGCCCGAGAAUUCUGUCCAACAUCUCCAAGUGCAUGAAGUGAAGACUUCACUUUCAGAUUAUAGACUUUAAAUAUUCUGUAAUAUUCUCAAUUAUUACCAAAGAGACGUUUCUGUUAGAAAUUCAUUUCUUUCGCCAUUUAUCUCCAUCGAAAAUCAAUAUCUCCAUUAUUACCGAUAUUACUAUCACUAUUAUUAUUAUUAAUAUUAUUUUUGUGAUUUAUGAACAAUCAUACAUCUCCCUUUUAUAGGUUUUUAUUUUAUUCAAUUUGUUGACAAUAACUGCUACGCGAAUAAACGUCUAACAACUAAUCA